AUGGAUUUGCAUAAAUUUCUUCUCGCAGCACUGCUGCUUUCGCUUCUAAACUAUGCAUCCUAUGCUGCCAAAUCAUGGGAAGAAGAAUACUUCCUCAAAACUUGUUCAUCACAUCGAUGCAGCAAACACCAUGGGCCAGAGAUCCGGUUCCCAUUUCGGCUUUCAACCGACCCUCCAUCUUGCGGCGCACCUGGGAUGCAGCUGUCAUGCUCUGGGCAUGACACAAUCCUUGAUCACCAAGUUCUUGGCCCCUGCAAAGUGACCGCAAUAUAUUACAGGCAUCUUGUCAUGAAUGUCAUCCCACUGGUGGACUCAUCAUCGCAGUGCCCACUUCACAAGUUCAUUUCAACAAAUAAAUGGACUGAUAUGUACAAACCUGUUCAGUUGGAUCGUUUCCUUGAUUUUGUACUAGUAGGUUGCUCAGUCGAUUCUGUAGCAACAAAUCAAGACGAUAUUGUUGGUCCAAGCUCUUGCCUAAGCCUCAGUAACAACGCAAGCCAGUUCUGGUAUCUUGUGCGACCUGGAACAGAUAUGUCUACUCUUCCCAUGGGGUGUGAAGUGGUUGCAAAGUCCAUCCCAAUACCCUACACUUACGAUAAAAAUGGUCCAAAGUUUCUGACAUUCUUCGGCAAGAUACUCUUCAAAGAUAGAGCAAAAGAAGCAAUCAACUUGGGUGAAACAGCAUUCAAUUGGAGCCUCAACAGCAUUACCAGCAUUUGUCAAAGGUGUGAACAGGAAGGGCGACAUUGUGGAUUCAGUCCAAACCGCGGAAAAGCAUUCUGCCAGCAGCACGGUUCGCAUGUCAAACUCAUUGCAGCUACAACAUCAGUAGCCACCUUCAUUGUUCUAGUGGCCACUGCACUCUAUCGUUCACUGAAGAAAAGAUAUAAUGAAGCAAUACAUUUGAAAGUUGAAAUGUUUCUCAAGACAUAUGGCACAUCGAAACCCACAAGGUACACUUUCUCCGAAGUUAAGAAGAUGGCAAGACGAUUCAAGGAAAAAGUAGGCCAGGGUGGCUUUGGAAGUGUUUACAAAGCACAGCUACCAAAUGGUGUACCAGUAGCGGUCAAGAUGCUAGAGAACUCUACAGGAGACGGAGAAGAUUUCAUCAAUGAAGUAUCAACCAUUGGACAAAUCCACCAUGCAAACAUUGUUCGCCUCCUGGGAUUUUGCUCUGAAGGAACAAGGCGUGCGCUUAUUUACGAAUUCAUGACUAACAAGUCAUUGGAGAAAUAUAUAUUCUUGCAUGAUUCAAAUACUUCCCAAGAUCUCCUAGUACCUCACAAAAUGUUAGAGAUUGCUACAGGCAUUGCUAGAGGAAUGGAGUACCUGCAUCAAGGAUGCAACCAGCGCAUCCUCCACUUUGACAUCAAACCUCACAAUAUCUUGCUAGACUACAACUUCAAUCCCAAAAUUUCAGAUUUUGGCCUUGCUAAGCUGUGUGCACGGGACCAAAGCAUUGUUACCUUGACAGCAGCAAGAGGAACAAUGGGCUAUAUUGCACCGGAGCUAUAUUCUCGGAACUUCGGUGGGAUAUCAUACAAGUCAGAUGUUUACAGUUUCGGCAUGCUGGUUUUAGAGGUGGUUAGUGGAAGGAGGAACUCAGACCCAGGUAUUGAGAACCAAACCGAGGUUUACCUCCCACAGUGGAUCUACGAGAGAGUAAUUGCUGGGCAGGACCUGGUACUUAAUAGGGAAGUCACAGAAGAGGAGAAAGAAAAGGUGAAGCAGCUGGCCAUUGUGGCACUCUGGUGCAUUCAGUGGAACCCCAAAAACCGGCCAUCAAUGACAAAAGUUGUUAACAUGCUGACAGGAAGGUUGCAGAAUCUACAGAUACCACCUAAGCCGUAUGUCUAGUAUGCAAGGCAUCCUAUGCCAUAUAACAUGGAGGAUUU